ACAGAGGAGCUCCAGCUUUUCCGAGGAGACACCGUGGUGCUGAGAGGGCGGAAACGACGGCAAACAGUGUGCAUCGUCCUGACGGAUGACACCUGUGGAGAUGAACGAAUUCGGAUGAACCGUGUGACGCGCAACAACCUGCGUGUCCGGCUUGGUGACGUCAUCAGUAUCCAUGCCUGUCCUGAUAUCAAGUAUGGGAAAAAGAUCCACGUGCUCCCCAUAGAUGACACCAUUGAAGGCCUAUCAGGGAACCUCUUUGAUGUUUUCCUCAAACCGUACUUUCUGGAGGCUUACCGGCCUGUGCACAAAGGUGACAUCUUCUUGGUGAGGGGAAGCAUGCGAGCUGUGGAGUUCAAGGUGGUGGAGACGGACCCCAGCCCUCACUGCAUCGUUGCCCCUGACACAGUCAUCUACUGUGAGGGAGAGCCAAUUAAGAGAGAGGAUGAAGAGGAGAGUCUCAAUGACAUUGGCUACGAUGACAUUGGAGGCUGUCGGAAGCAGCUGGCCCAGAUCAAAGAAAUGGUGGAGCUUCCUCUUAGACACCCAGGACUGUUUAAGGCUAUCGGAGUUAAGCCCCCCAGAGGUAUCCUGCUGUACGGCCCUGCAGGAACAGGAAAGACCCUGGUGGCCCGAGCUGUAGCAAAUGAAACUGGUGCCUUCUUUUUCCUCAUCAAUGGUCCCGAGAUCAUGAGUAAGCUGGCCGGAGAGUCAGAAAGCAACCUAAGAAAAGCAUUUGAGGAGGCGGAGAAUAACGCCCCUGCCAUCAUCUUCAUCGAUGAGCUGGAUGCCAUUGCUCCCAAGAGAGAGAAGACUCAUGGUGAGGUGGAGAGGCGUAUAGUGUCCCAGCUCCUGACCUUGAUGGAUGGCUUGAAGCAAAGAGCUCAUGUGAUUGUCAUGGCUGCAACAAACCGACCGAACAGUGUGGACUCGGCUCUGAGACGCUUUGGCAGGUUUGACCGUGAGAUUGAUAUUGGAAUCCCAGAUUCGACUGGUAGAUUGGAGAUCCUGCAGAUCCACACCAAAAACAUGAAACUGGCUCAAGAUGUCGAUCUGGAGAGGAUUGCCACAGAGACCCAUGGCCACGUGGGUGCUGACCUGGCUGCUUUGUGCUCAGAAGCUGCUCUGCAAGCCAUCCGGAAGAAAAUGACCCUCAUAGAUCUGGAGGAUGAGACCAUCGACGCUGACCUGCUCAACUCAAUGGCUGUCACUAUGGAUGACUUCCAGUGGGCUUUAAGUCAGAGCAACCCAUCAGCUCUGAGAGAGACGGUUGCAGAGGUGCCUCAGGUCAACUGGGAGGACAUCGGCGGACUGGACGAGGUCAAGCGAGAACUCCAAGAGCUUGUCCAGUACCCUGUUGAGUAUCCUGACAAAUUCCUGAAGUUUGGAAUGACCCCAUCUCGUGGAGUUUUGUUUUACGGCCCUCCAGGCUGCGGGAAAACCCUACUGGCUAAGGCCAUCGCCAAUGAAUGCCAAGCUAACUUUGUCUCGAUCAAAGGACCUGAGAUGCUCACCAUGUGGUUUGGAGAAUCAGAGGCAAAUGUUAGGGAUGUGUUUGAUAAGGCCAGACAGGCAGCCCCCUGCAUCUUGUUUUUUGAUGAGCUAGACUCCAUCGCCAAAUCUAGAGGAGGCGGUGCAGGUGAUGCAGGUGGUGCAGCUGACAGAGUCAUCAACCAGAUACUCACAGAGAUGGACGGCAUGUCGGACAAAAAGAACGUCUUCAUCAUCGGUGCCACAAACAGGCCAGACAUCAUAGACCCAGCCAUUCUGCGGCCAGGUCGUCUGGAUCAGCUCAUCUACAUCCCGUUGCCUGAUAAGCCAUCUCGCACAGCAAUUCUUAAAGCCAAUCUACGCAAAUCCCCUGUUGCAAGAGAUGUGGAUCUUGAAUACCUUUCUGGUAUCACAGAUGGAUUUUCUGGAGCUGAUCUGACAGAGAUCUGUCAGCGGGCCUGUAAGCUGGCCAUCCGUGAGGCAAUAGAGGCCGAGAUCAAGGCUGAGCGUCAGAGGCAGAACAGACCAGGCGUCCCUAUGGAUGAGGACUUUGAUCCAGUCCCAGAGAUCAGGAAGGACCACUUUGAAGAGGCGAUGCGAUUUGCCCGUCGCUCUGUUAGUGACAAUGACAUCCGCAAAUAUGAGAUGUUUGCUCAAACUCUGCAACAGAGCCGAGGUUUUGGAAACUUCAGGUUUCCUUCUGCUACUGGUUCCCAGUCUGGAAGUCAAGGCUCUGGAUCUGGGAGGCCGAGUCUGUACAGAGAUGAAGGCGAUGAUGAUCUCUACCAGUGACAAAAACUGCAGUCAGCUACUGUGUACUGCUUCUCUGGAGGAAUGAGACAGAUGAUUAAAGGAAGUAAAAAAUUGUAAACAAAAAAAACAAAACAAAAAAGAAAGGAAAACUUUUUCAAAAUUUUAAUAAAAUCAUAAAACAAGAGGGUGAAUAAUAAAUCAUUUUCUGUAUGACUUUAUCAGUCUCUCACAUCAUUGGGAAUUUUGGCCCACUCCUCUUUACAACAUUGUUUCAGCUGUGCACAGAUGGCAUUACUUUUGAAUACUUUGAUACACAGCAAACUUCAUGGGUGUCCAGGUCCUGUGGCUAUAAAACAAACCCAAAUCAUGACCCCUCCACCACUGUGUCUGUCAGUUGAUAUGAUGUAUUGGUAUUUGAUUUGCUGUGUUUGUGCAGUAUGGCUAAAUAUCUCCAGUAAAAUCUGUCUAAGGAUAUUGUUCUAGAAGUCUUAUUGAUUGUUUGGAUGCAACUCAUGAACGUUAACAUUUAACAUACUAACUGAGGUCACUGUAGAGUCGGAGAUGUAGCUCUUAGGAUUUUAUAGUUUGUCUGAGCAUUGCACGGGUGAAUUUUUUGGGUGACUGGUGUCACCUGAAUGCUCAUACCUGAAUGCUCCAGACCAGCAGAAUAAUAUUUGUUUUACUGUCCCCACGCAGUCAAUUUAUAAAACAAGUCUAAAAUCUUGUUACCCUAACAACAUGCUUUGGUUGUCACUGUGAUCAGUUUGCACUUUUCUGUUUAACAGUUAAGAAAUGAAUAAAAACUUCUUCUUCUUGAAAAUUUGUAUUUUAUGAGUAGCGUUAGCAGCAGUGAGUCUCUAUAUGACAAAGCUUGACUCAGCAAGCAGAAGGUCUUGGAUCAAGCUACAAGCUAAAUACAGGCUUAUUUUAAAUUCCUUUCACGCUCACUGGGAGCAUCAUGAAGAUGUUCACACU